AUGGCUGGAGAUGAAGUCAAUACGGAUGCUACUGAUAAACCUUUCGGUAUCACAAACAUCCGGACCUAUGUUCCCAUCACCCUCGACCUCGAAGAACUCAAUUAUGACACCUGGUGUGAGCUAUUUACUGCCUGUUGCAUCAGUUUUGGUGUCAAACACCACAUCUCCAAACCUGCGUCACAAGCUACGACCUCUAAAUGGGAGCAAAUUGACAAUCUUGUCAAGCUUUGGAUUUUCGGUACUAUUCACAAAUCCUUACUCCAAAUGGUUUUGAAACCCGGAAUGACAGCAUAUGAUUUGUGGAAAGGUGUUGAAGAUCUCUUCCGAGACAACAAAGACUCCAGUGCAAUGCAACUCGACCAAGACCUCCGGUCAAUUGAGAUCGGAGACAUGUCCAUUCACGACUACUGCCACAAAAUCAAAGUAUUGUCAGACCUUCUUGCCAACAUUGAUCAGCCCGUGCCCGAGAAGAAUCUAGUCAUUUACAUGAUUAAUGGCCUUGGAGAUAAGUUCGACAAUGUCUCAAGCAUCAUUCGCCAUCAACGACCCAUUCUGUCUUUCCAACAAGCUCGCUCCAUGCUGAUGGUUGAAGAAACACGCCUCCUGCGUCCCCGUUCAUCUACAACAGCCCAUCGUGAUCAUAGCUCCUCUCCGACUGCUCUUCUUGCCGGAAUUGAUGCUCAAAAUCCGUCACAUCAGCAUCGCCCUGGAGACCGAGACCGGCGGCAAAACGAUGGUGGUGACCGGCGACAACACUCCGACCGCCAAAACGAUGGUGUUGACCGGCGACAACACUCCGACCGCCGACAGCAAAAUAAUCGUCGGCAUGGCAGCGAUAGGCGACAACAAGAUCAUCGCUCCAACUCAGGUGGGAAUUCUGCGUGGGGCUCCUGGAACACGUAUUAUCCCCCUCCUUGGGUUGCCCUAAAUUGGCAGCAGAUGUGGGCCUUGGGUCAACAAGCACAUCGACAGCCCUAUCCACCAUGGGCUGCUGGCUCUUCUUCUGGACCAAGUCGUCAACAGCGACAACAUGCCCAACAGCCUGCUGUCUUUUCUACCUGGCCCACAAAUAACUUCCAGGAUUAG